GCUAGAUUUGUGCCCAGUUUUCUCUCUUUCCAUUUCAAAGCCCUCUCUCUCUCUCUCUCUCUCUCUCAUUCCAGAUUCAACACCGCCCUUUUUCUUUAACCCUAGUACCCACCACGACGACCACCACCACCACCAUACCCACGACGACCACCACCACCACCAAGACGAAGACGACGAUACCCACGACCACGACCACGACCACGACCACGACAACCAUAUACAACAACAUGAUACAUUUCCCUUGUUAGGGUUUAUUACACAAUACACUCAUUGAUCUGUCUGUCUGUGUAUACAAUACGUGCUGUUGAUCUGUAACCAACUCACCAUCGUCGCUCUAAAAACCUCUCUUCUGGCCAGAUCUUCCAUCCGAGAUGUCUCGGGUAGAGGAAUUAUGGGAGCGGUUGGUACGUGCUGCACUAAGGAGGGAAAGGACAGGGACUGAUGCAUAUGGGCGACCUGUUAGUGGCAUUGCUGGAAAUGUUCCAUCGUCUCUUGCUAAAAACAGGGACAUAGAUGCAAUUUUAAGAGCUGCAGAUGAAAUUCAAGAUGAUGAUCCAAAUGUCUCUAGAAUUUUAUGUGAGCAUGCUUAUUCCUUGUCUCAAAAUUUGGAUCCUAAUAGCGAGGGAAGGGGUGUUUUACAGUUCAAGACUGGUUUGAUGUCUGUUAUAAAGCAAAAGCUUGCAAAGAGAGAGGGUGGAACCAUAGACAGAAGCCAGGACAUUGCUCGCUUACAGGAGUUUUAUAAGCAUUAUAGGGAGAAGCAUAAUGUAGACAAGUUACGGGAAGAGGAAAUGCAGUUGAGGGAGUCGGGUGCUUUCAGUGGCAACCUUGGAGAAUUGGAGCGUAAAACUGUGAAAAGGAAAAGAGUUUUUGCAACUCUAAAAGUUUUAGGGACAGUACUGGAAGAGCUGACUAAGGAGGUUUCUCCCGAAGAUGCAGAAAGAUUAAUUUCUGAAGAGCUGAAACGGGUAAUGGAAUCAGAUGCAGCUAUGACAGAAGAUCUAAUUGCUUAUAACAUUAUUCCAUUGGAUGCCCCUACUAUAACAAAUGCUGUUGUGUCUUUGCCUGAGGUCCGAGCUUCAGUUUCAGCCUUAAAGUACUUUAGAGGCCUACCCAAAUUGCCGGGGAAUUUUCCUGUACCUGCUACAAGGAGUGCUGAUAUGCUUGAUUUCCUGCAGUAUGUUUUUGGAUUUCAGAAAGACAAUGUUUCUAACCAGCGGGAACACAUAGUUCUCCUCCUUGCAAAUCAACAAACUCGGCUUGGGAUUCCUGAUGAGCUUGAACCGAAAUUGGAUGAGGCUGCUGUGCAGAAAGUAUUUCUGAAGUCGCUUGAUAACUACAUUAAGUGGUGUGACUAUUUGAGCAUUCAACCAGUAUGGACUGUUUUGGAAGAUGUUAUCAAGGAGAAGAAGUUGCUGUUUGUUUCUUUGUAUUUUCUCAUUUGGGGUGAAGCCGCCAACAUUAGAUUUCUUCCAGAAUGCUUGUGCUACAUAUUUCAUCAUAUGGUAAGGGAACUGGAUGAAAUAUUACGGCAGCAGAUUGCACAGCCAGCCAACAGUUGCAAAACUGAGAAUGGUGUGUCAUUCCUUGAUCAAAUUAUAUGCCCUCUUUAUGAGGUGGUCGCUGCGGAAGCUGCGAACAAUGAUAACGGGCGAGCACCUCAUUCUUCCUGGAGAAAUUAUGAUGAUUUUAAUGAAUAUUUUUGGUCACUUCAUUGCUUUGAACUUAGUUGGCCAUGGCGCAAAAGUUCAUCAUUUUUUCUUAAGCCAACUCCAAGAUCAAAGAAUGUCCUUAAUUGUGGCGGAAGUAAACGUCAAGGGAAAACUUCGUUUGUUGAGCACAGGACGUUUCUUCAUCUUUAUCAUAGUUUCCACCGUUUGUGGAUAUUUCUUGUCUUGAUGUUUCAGGGACUUGCCAUUAUUGCAUUCAAUGAUGGACAUAUCAACUCAAAGACCAUCCUAGAAGUUCUUAGUCUCGGUCCAACAUUUGUUGUGAUGAAGUUUUUUGAGAGUGUUCUGGACAUUUUUAUGAUGUUUGGUGCAUAUUCCACUACACGGCGCUUAGCUGUUUCACGGAUUUUCCUCCGUUUCCUUUGGUUUUGUAUAGCUUCAGCCAUCAUAUGUUUUCUUUAUGUGAAAGCUCUCCAAGAGCGGAAUAAAUCAAAUUCGGGUUCUAUUAUCUUCAAAAUUUAUGUAAUUAUUCUCGGUAUCUAUGCUGGUGUCCAAAUUUUUAUUAGUUUCCUAUUGCGGAUACCAGCGUUUCACCAUCUCGCCAAUCGAUGUGAUCAUUGGCCUCUAAUUCGUUUUAUCAAGUGGAUGCACCAGGAACAUUACUAUGUCGGCCGGGGCAUGUAUGAGAGGACAUCUGAUUAUAUCAAGUAUGUUAUCUUCUGGUUUUUUGUUUUGGGCGUCAAAUUUUCCUUUUCCUAUUUUCUUUCGAUCAAACCCUUGGUGGAACCUACAAGGAUUAUUGUAAAUAUGUCCGGUUUGACUUAUUCUUGGCAUGAUUUUGUGUCUAAAAAUAACCAUAAUGCUUUGACAGUUGCUAGCUUAUGGGCACCAAUAGUUGCUAUUUAUCUCCUAGAUAUUUAUUUGUUUUACACCAUCAUAUCUGCGGUGUGGGGUUUCUUGCUCGGGGCUAGAGAUCGUCUUGGGGAGAUUAGAUCCUUGGGGGCAGUCCACAAAUUAUUUGAGAAGUUCCCCGAGGCUUUUAUCGAUAAGCUUCAUGUUCCUCUUUCUAAAAGGACUAACCUUCUCUCCAAUGGUCAAGUUUUGGAAAAGAUCAAGACAGAUGCUGCUCAAUUUUCUCCCUUUUGGAAUGAAAUUAUAAAGAAUCUACGAGAAGAGGAUUAUAUUACAAAUUUGGAAAUGGAGUUGCUUCUAAUGCCUAAGAAUACUGGGAACUUACCCAUGGUUCAGUGGCCCCUUUUCCUUCUUGCCAGCCAGAUUUUUGUAGCUAAAGAUAUUGCGAUAGAGAGUAGAGAUUCACAAGAGUUAUGGGAUAGGAUCUUGAGGGAUGACUACAUGAAAUACGCAGUUGAGGAAUGCUAUUACACCGUCAGGAUUAUCCUGACAGCCAUCUUAGAUGAUGAAGCAAAGAAGUGGGUUGAAAGGAUUUAUGAAGACAUUCACACGAGUAUGGUGAAGAGGGAUAUUCAUAAAGAUUUUCGAUUGGAUAAGCUGCCACUUGUGAUUUCAAGAAUCACUGCACUUAUGGGAAUACUGAAAGAGGUGGAAACACCAGAACUGAAAAAUGGUGCAGUCAAAGCUAUUCAAGAUCUCUAUGAUGUCGUGCGCCUUGAUGUCCUUAAUCUCAACAUGAGAGAACACUAUGAGACUUGGAAUACGUUGUCAAAAGCAAGGAAUGAAGGUCGUCUAUUUAUGAACUUAAACUGGCCGCGAGAUGCUGAAUUGAGAGCACAAGUAAAAAGAUUGUGUUCCCUUUUGAGUAUCAAAGACUCAGCGGCAAAUAUUCCCAAGAAUCUUGAGGCUAGGCGAAGGUUGGAAUUCUUCACAAAUUCCCUCUUCAUGGAUAUGCCCCCUGCCAAACCAGUCCGUGAGAUGUUGUCCUUCAGUGUGUUCACGCCAUACUAUUCUGAGACUGUUCUGUAUAGCAUGGAUGAACUUCUAAAGAAAAAUGAAGAUGGGAUAUCAAUUUUAUUUUACCUCCAGAAGAUAUAUCCAGAUGAGUGGCAGAAUUUUCUUGCUCGGAUUGGCCGCGAUGAAAAUGCAAUUGACUCAGAACUUUUUGACAAUCCCAGUGAUAUCCUUGAACUUCAGUUUUGGGCUUCAUACCGAGGACAAACUUUAGCUAGAACUGUUCGGGGAAUGAUGUACUACAGAAAAGCUUUGAUGCUUCAGACCUAUUUGGAAAGGAUGACCGCUGAAGAUAUGGAAGCUUCACUUUCCACUAAAGACGCAACUAAUACUCAAGGUUUCGAGUUAUCUCCCGAGGCACGAGCUCAUGCAGAUCUGAAAUUUACAUAUGUUGUUACAUGUCAGAUAUAUGGGAAACAGAAAGAAGAACAGAAACCUGAGGCUGCAGACAUUGCAUUGCUAAUGCAGAGAAAUGAAGCUCUUCGAGUUGCUUUUAUUGACCUUAUUGAGACUUUAGAGGAUGGUAAAGUGCACACGGAAUACUACUCCAAGCUUGUGAAAGCUGACAUCAACAGCAAAGACAAGGAAAUCUACUCCAUAAAGUUGCCUGGAAAUCCUAAACUUGGUGAAGGGAAGCCUGAAAAUCAGAACCAUGCUAUCGUAUUCACUCGUGGAAAUUCAGUGCAGACAAUUGACAUGAAUCAGGAUAAUUAUUUUGAGGAAGCUUUGAAGGUGAGAAAUCUUCUUGAAGAAUUCCAUUGUGACCACGGGAUUCGUCCUGCUACCAUUCUUGGUGUAAGGGAACAUGUUUUUACGGGAAGUGUGUCAUCAUUAGCCUAUUUCAUGUCCAGUCAAGAAAGUUGCUUUGUUACUCUUGGUCAGCGUGUUCUAGCAAAUCCUUUGAAGGUCCGUAUGCAUUAUGGUCAUCCAGAUGUAUUUGAUAGAGUUUUCCAUAUAACCCGGGGUGGUAUUAGCAAGGCUUCUCGUGUAAUCAACAUUAGUGAAGAUAUCUUCGCAGGGUUCAAUUCAACAUUGCGUCAGGGAAAUGUUACUCACCAUGAAUACAUUCAGGUUGGCAAGGGACGAGAUGUUGGGCUCAAUCAAAUUGCCUUAUUUGAAGGGAAAGUUGCUGGUGGUAAUGGAGAACAAGUUCUUAGUAGGGAUGUUUACAGACUUGGGCAGCUUUUUGAUUUCUUCCGAAUGAUGUCAUUUUAUUUUACCACCGUCGGAUACUAUUUUUGCACUAUGUUAACUGUGCUGACUGUGUACAUUUUCCUUUAUGGGAGGGCAUAUUUGGCGUUAUCCGGAGUCGGUGAAUCCAUACAACAGAGAGCUGAUGUUCUGAAUAAUGCUGCUCUGAAUGCUGCUCUUAAUGCACAGUUUCUCUUUCAAAUUGGUAUUUUCACUGCUGUGCCAAUGAUCUUGGGUUUCAUCUUGGAGCAAGGAUUUUUCAGGGCUGUUGUUAGUUUUGUCACUAUGCAACUCCAACUCUGUACCAUCUUCUUCACAUUCUCCCUUGGCACAAAAACACAUUAUUUUGGCCGCACUAUUCUCCAUGGUGAUGCAAAGUAUCAAGCAACGGGUAGGGGAUUUGUGGUCCGCCAUAUCAAAUUUGCAGAGAAUUACAGGCUUUACUCUCGGAGUCAUUUUGUGAAAGGAAUGGAAGUUGUGCUUUUGUUGGUAGUAUACCUUGCAUAUGGAUAUAAUGAAGGCAGUGCACUCUCCUACAUCCUUCUGACUGUCAGCAGUUGGUUCAUGGCUAUUUCUUGGCUUUUUGCUCCCUAUUUGUUUAACCCCUCCGGUUUUGAGUGGCAGAAGACCGUAGAGGACUUCAGAGAUUGGACAAAUUGGCUUCUUUACAGAGGUGGAAUCGGAGUUAAGGGAGGAGAAAGUUGGGAAGCUUGGUGGGAUGCAGAACUGGCACAUAUUCGGUCCUUUUCAGGAAGGAUGAUGGAGACUAUUCUGAGCCUCAGAUUUUUCAUCUUUCAAUAUGGUGUCGUCUACAAGCUUCAUGUGCAAGGAUCAAACACAUCAUUAUCGGUGUAUGGCUUCUCGUGGAUUGUGCUGGCGGUGCUCAUUAUUCUUUUCAAGGUGUUCACUUUCAGCCAGAAGAUAUCGGUUAAUUUUCAGCUGCUGCUGCGCUUUAUCCAAGGGCUCUCCUUCUUACUUGCAGUGGCUGGUGUGGCGGUUGCUGUUAUAUUUACAAAGCUAUCAGUUGCGGAUAUUUUUGCUUCCAUCUUGGCAUUUGUACCCACUGGGUGGGGAAUUCUGUCUAUUGCUGUGGCUUGGAAGCCUUUGAUUAAGAAACUGGGAUUAUGGAAAUCGGUACGUUCAAUAGCCCGUUUAUACGAUGCUGGGAUGGGGAUGCUCAUCUUCAUCCCCAUUGCACUGUGUUCAUGGUUCCCAUUCAUUUCCACAUUCCAAACCCGCCUCAUGUUCAACCAAGCAUUCAGCAGAGGGUUGGAGAUCUCUCUUAUCCUUGCUGGAAACAACCCCAAUACUGGCUUAUGAUUAUAUCAUGUUUGUGCCCAAAAACUUUGUUAGUCGUUUUUUGUACAUGAUGAGAGAGACUACACUACAACUACUAUUGUUUUGACAUUUGUAGUUUCUAUCUGUAACCUUCCUUUUGGCUGUUUAUUGUUCUUGUUCUUGUUCUUGUUCUUGUUUUUAUCUAGAACGGCUUAUUUUGAUGUAGCAGCGUUGUAAAUGUACUACUAGGUGUUUGGUGCUGUUCUUGUUCUUGUUUGUUUUUUCCGGAACCGCUUAUUUUGAUGUAGCAGCAGACUUUGUAAAUGUACUACGAGGUGUUUGGUAUUGCCACCUGAGGUGUGAGAAACACAAGAAAGCUGAUUGUAGUUUCUAUCA